UGGCAGACAGCCGAAGCUCCAAUAAUAUUUUGCCUUCCAAGUAAAGUUGCCUAUUGUCUGCAGGCCGGCAGCUAUGGGAGCAGAGCACCCCGCGCCCUCGCUCCGCGCUGCCCGUCCUGCCAGCGCCACAAAACUUCGCAGCGGCCGAAGGAAGGUGAAAUAUUUGGUGUCGCGGUCAUGAAAGGCGGGUGCCUUUGUGAAAUCACCGCUGGCUGAUUGUUUCCUCCUUCUCCUCUGGUAGCGGUGUCUAUGGUCUCUCUUUCAAAGGAAUUGAGAAAAAUCACACCAGGCCUCGAUAGCACAGGCAAGGAGAGGCGAGGAGCUGGAAAUUGUCCAAGUGACCCUCAUACAUCAAAUUACAUAGCAGUUUCCAAGACAGAACCUAUUAUCGCUAAGUUGGAAGGAAAGUUCAAGCCGUGGUCAUGGAGAUGAACGCUGGUUUUUCAGGUUUCUGGUGUGUUUUUUUCGCCCAAUCCAUCAUGUUUUAACAGGUCUGCCCGGAGAGGCCAUUGGAGGAAGAGCGCCACGUGACAGAGGGGUGCCAAUGUUAUUCUCCAAGGGUGUCAAGACCCUGUCAGUUUGCGAAAUAAAUAUUGGGAAACAACGAAAUGCAAAAAGCGACCUACUACGACAGCUCUGCAAUCUAUGGUGCCUACCCCUACCAAGGAGCAAAUGGUUUCACUUAUAAUGCGAGUCAGCAGCAAUAUCCUCCAUCUUCAUCACUUGUGGAAACUGAGUACCACCGCCCCGCGUGCUCCCUCCAGUCCCCCGGCAGCUCUGUGUCCCACCACAAGGCCAAUGACAUCAGUGAGAGUUGCAUGAGGACCCUCCCCAGCCAGACUCUCCAGCCCCCCAGCCUCGCUGACCCACAGGCUCCACCGCAGCCGCCUCCAGCCCAGCAGUCACAGCCUCCACCUCCGACCUCCACCUCACCAUCUCAAAAUGCCAGCAGCAACCCUGCCCCGGCCAACCCCACCAAGAGCCCAGCUCUUAACUCACCCACCGUUUCCAAACAGAUAUUCCCAUGGAUGAAAGAGUCUCGGCAAAACACAAAGCAGAAAAACAGCAGUUCCAGUUCAGGUGAGAGUUGUGCUGGUGAUAAAAGCCCUCCAGGGCAAGCCUCCUCUAAGCGAGCCCGUACAGCUUACACAAGUGCCCAGCUGGUAGAACUGGAAAAGGAGUUCCACUUCAAUAGGUACCUUUGCAGGCCACGAAGGGUAGAAAUGGCUAAUUUGCUCAAUCUCACAGAAAGACAGAUCAAAAUCUGGUUUCAAAACCGCAGAAUGAAAUACAAAAAGGAUCAAAAGGGAAAGGGUAUGAUGACCUCUUCAGGAGGACAGUCCCCAAGCAGAAGCCCCGUCCCUCCAGCUGCUGGGGGAUACCUAAACUCUAUGCAUUCUUUAGUAAACAGUGUCCCCUAUGAAUCCCAGUCGCCUCCACCAUUUAACAAGCCUCAUCAAAACACCUAUGGCAUCCCUGCAUCGUAUACUGCUCCUCUUAAUAAUUGCCCACCUCCUCAAAAGAGAUACACGGGGACAGCAGCUGUGACGCCUGAAUAUGAUACUCAUCCUCUUCAAGGCAACGGUUAUGGGAAUCCACACAUACAGGGAAGCCCCGUCUAUGUAGGGGGCAACUACGUGGAGACCAUGACCAAUUCUGGGCCUUCCAUCUUUGGUCUAACUCAUCUCCCUCAUCCUCCCUCUGCCAACAUGGACUACAGCGGGGCUGGGCCAAUGGCCAACAAUCACCACCAUGGACCUUGUGAUCCACAUCCAACAUACACAGACCUUACCGCUCACCAUCCUUCUCAGGGAAGAAUUCAGGAAGCGCCCAAACUCACUCAUCUGUAAGAGACAGGAGUCACUAAGAGGAACAGCAAGCCCCCGAGUUUUGGAAAGUACUCAUCCCUUCCCUUCUCUCUCCUCCCCCCCAACAUGUGCCCUCCCCUUCCCUUCUCGUUUCUUUUGUUCGUUUUGGUUUGUUUUGUUUCCUUUCGUAAAAGCGUUUUCUAGUUUAUGUGACGUAGCAAUAUUUGUUGCUUGAAUUGCUCUAUAGUUUCACUAGUGGAUAUUUAUCUUCUUGAACUGUAGCCUUGUGUCUCACUUUGGGAGUAUGCAGAGGCUUUAUACUUUACCUUCUACACUUUUAUCAAAACAGGGUAUAUGAACAAAUUUUCUAUAAAAGGAAUUCUUAAAUGUGAAUUUGUUCGUACAUGAUUGAUCCCACGGGGAAGCAAUUUUUUUUAUUGCACUUCUUUUAAAUAGCAAGAAAGACAUCAAAAGCGCUUGGACAGGGACUUCCUGGACAAUUAUUGAUACGUGUAAGUCUUUCAAUGUGUGUAUGCUGGUGAACAUUCAGAUUUAUUUAUAUUUUUUUUUUCGCAAACAUUGAAUAAUCUAAGUGUUUAAAAUUUUAUUUAUCCCCAUUUGUUCAUAUUUAUAUAUAUAUAAAAAAAUCUGUACCCUGAGUAUUCAGGAGGCCAUAUAUUAGAUGGCAUAUCGGCACGUGUUAGAAAUAUCAUUUGAAAGGAAACUAUUAACUCCUUUUAUUAAAAAUAGUGAUAAUAAUGAUGAUGACGAUGCAAUAAAAUCUGGGAAAAAAGAUCGCGGUUUGAAUACUUUACGCUUGUAACAUCCAGCUAGGUAAAAAGUGUGUGAAGCUGAAAAGGCUAGAUUUGUUUUGAAAGUUAUACAUUCCUUGCUGCUCACGUUCUGGAAAAAAAAAAUAAAGUUUUUAUUCUGAAUAAUAAA